AUGUCUGGCGAUUUCAAUACGUUUGGGAGUUUGAAUGAACAGUUGCUACUGUCGCUUUCAUUAGAGGAUAAAAAACAUGAGCUACGAGGACAACAAGUGCUUCACCGCAAUGUUUAUCAUCUGCAAGUGUACGAGAGUGACGACGAUAUGAUGGACAUCGAUGAGCCCAGUGAGCUUGCCGAGCUUGCCUCCGAGGCCGGGUCGAUGUCGAUGAUCCGCGGUGAUCAAGACGGGAACAAAGAAGGAGAUUUCUGUGAAGUUAGUGACGACGACAAGCAAGACAUAAUUCGCCUGGAACGCCCACCAACAGAGCCCAGCGUGUUUCCCUUUCUUUCUCCCACAAUGCUAGGCGCCCGGCUUGCAGUUCGUAGACCGUUGCUUUUAAUGCCCCCAUCGCCAAAGUCGCCGAAAGUGGAGAGUGCCUUUGACUCACAGCUGUCGCUUCAAACGCACGCAAAGACACGCAAGCCUUCGGUUGAUUAUGAAUUUGAUAUCAGCGCGUAUCAACCGGUUAGUUCCUCCAACCACCAACUAUCCAACAGGCGACGGGAGCUAGCAAACUUUGACCAAUCGACUUUGUUUCCAACUCACCAGGGUGAUUCUUUAUUGGACUACAGGCUCGGUCGAGUAAAUCAGGUACCUUCUACAAUUCACCAUUAUCAUCAUCAUCAUCAUCACCAUUUUCAAGAGGGCGAUCAGCCGCAAGAAGACUCGCAACUUCAACGGUACAAACGGAAGUUGGAGCAGGAACUACAAAUGAAUAGUCAAGACCAAGAAUUGCGCAUACACAAAGAUCGUCAACAACAACAACAGCAGCAAAUGGCUGGAUUUGAGAACAACAGUCUAAUACCGUUGCCAGCGCCUUGGAAAUCCGACAUCAGCCCCAUUGAACGAAUCCCCUACAUUUUAUCCUCCUAUUUACAACUCGCCAUCAACCUCAUCCUAUCCUUAUACAUGGUCUAUUUGAUUUACUACGUCUUUGCGUCGAUCAAAUCGGACGUUAACCACAAACUAUACGAACAACGAGUCAACCUUGCGUCGCAAAUUGCCAACUGCAGAACCCAAUACUACGAAAACAAAUGUGACGAUGUGGAAUAUCUGAAUUUGCCCUUGAUGCGCAAGAAAUGCGACCAAUUCCGGAAAUGCAUGAACCAGAACCCCAAUUCCAUUGGCAAUUUGUCAAUCAUCAAUGCCCAGAUUGUGGGGAUGAUCUUGAAUUCCAUGAUUGAGCCUUUGAGCUUCAAGUUUUUUAUAUUUGUGCUCUGGUGUGGGUUUGUUGUAUUUGGCUGCAAUUUCUUCUUUGGAUACGUGCGAGCCAAGACAUACUAUGGAGAAAACAAUGUCCCCGAUAGACGGUAUUAG